AUGGCUGAGGCAGAUCCGCACACGGACAGUGACGAAUCAGUCUCUUUGCUUCUACUCGGGGACGCAGGAUGUGGGAAAUCAACAUUUUUAGCUCGACUGAAGAAUGGAGGACCGUCCCCACCAGGGGCCUCUAAUACUGACCAAAAUACUCUUGAACUAUUACGAGAUGGUGAUCAACCUUUCAUUUACCAUAUCCGGUUCUCAAAGAAGACAUUCACUCUGAAGCUUUAUGACACAUCCAACCCAAAUCAGCAUUGGACAAGUCUUCGGCCUGAUGUGGUUGUUAUAACCUUUGAUAUCUCCAGUCGAGACACACUUGCUGGACUAAAAGAGUGGCGAAAUGACAUUACUCGUUAUUUCCAGCACGGUCAUGGUGAGCGCCUUCCAGUGAUGAUGCUAGGCCUGAAAAGGGACUUACGGAGAGAGGGUGAGGGGAUCAUCUAUCCACAAGAGGGCUAUCGUAUUGCGCAGGAACUUCGUUGCGAUAGAUACGCCGAGUGUUCGGCCGUCACAGGCGAGCUGCUCGCAGAAACCUUUGAAGAUCUCGCUAGAUUGGCGGCAAUGGCGACGACUGAAAAAGGUGGCCAGACAGAGGGCACCUCAUGUGUUAUCCUUUGA